AUGAGUACACGAGGACAAGAUUCAACAGAUGACCCGACAUAUAAACUGGGUUCAUCGUUGAAUCGUUCUUACUUGACUCCACCAGCCAGAAGUUCCCCGCGCUUGCAACAGCUGAACUACGAGGAUGACAUUGAUGACUUUGACAAUACUUUUGUUGACGAAAGUGGAAGUGGUAAUGAGAAUGGCAUUUCGAAUGGCAUUUCGAAUGAAAAUACUGAUGCAAAUGCUGAUCGGACAAGAGAUAUGAGAUUAUCAUUUUGGCAUCAAUUUGUCACCAACUGGUUGAUCAUGGACCCUGUGCUACUUGAAAAAUAUAAAAGCAGGAGUAACAGAGUUUGCAAGAAGAGAUACAAGAACAAUUUUGUAAAAAACUACAAAUUGAAUUCAAAUGCAGAAACAUCAAAGUUUUUUUAUUUCUUUGGUGCAAGAUUACAAACUACUAAAGCAAAGCCAAUAAACGUCAUCACCAUGGUAUUAAUCAUCGUCCCCUUGGUCAUCUACUGUGUUUUUGAAGCAAAAUGGCAGUGGCAUAAUGUACUGCCUGCUAUAGUGCUUGUCUUUAUUUACCUUUGGCUCCUAACAUUCAUGAACUUUUGCAAAGCAGCAAUGUCUGACCCUGGGAUCCUUCCUCGCAACAUUCAUUUGCCAAAAACAUUAGAGAGUGGAAAAAUAAUCAACCCUCCCGAGGAGUAUUUCAACACAGUCACUCUUCCAACAUUUUCCAAAAGUAGUGGUAUGAAUGGUAAUGUAGACAAAGUCAGCGUCAACAACACCAACACCAACAAUAACAAUAACAAUAACAAUAGCAAUAACAAUAACAAUAGCAGUAGUAAUAAUAUUGGCAAUAAUAAUGGCGAUAGCAACACCACAGCCACUACAACGCUGGGGGUCCAAGUGAAGUAUUGUCAAACAUGUCAUAUAUGGAGACCAGCACGUACGAGUCACUGCAGCACUUGCCAAGUCUGUGUUCUUAGCCAUGAUCAUCAUUGCGUGUUUUUAAACAAUUGUGUUGGUGAGAGAAACUAUAAAUAUUUUUUAUGGUUUUUGCUAUUAGCUUGUAUUACAUGUUGCUAUUUGAUAAUUGUGUCAAUUGUGCAACUAUGUUAUUAUAGAAUUGGUAGAGUUGACGAGAUUCAUGAUUGGUUUCUGUCAAUUGGUCAUUUCCCACUCAGUUUAUUCUUAGCAGUUUAUGGUAUAGUGGCCUUGAUCUAUCCUUUGUUACUAUUAGGCUUUCACAUUUACUUAUCUUCACAAAAUAUAACUACUAGAGAGUAUUUAAAUUACGUUUACCGAAGAAAACAUCUAAUUUUUGUCAACGCGUUUGAUACGCACUCGAUGAUUAAGAAUUUAUAUAUCAAUUGGGUGGGAAAGUCUGGUGGUGUAGGACUUUCUGGUAUCCGCGAUGUAUACAUUGAAGGUGAUUAUAGAUUUGCCGAGGUAAAGCCAUUGCAAACAUUUGUUAUAGGAUAA